AUGUCUUCCGAACAAGACAACAACAGCGACAACAACUUCAAUCGUCUUUCUUUGGGGGCAACCCUCCAAAAGACCUUUCACCUUUACGCCCGUGGGUUCAAGAUCCUCACAACGCUCUCCGUAUUGACCAUGGCGUUGAUUGGGUUCACCUGGUGCAUCUUGCUAGUCUCUCUCAUACCAUUCUUUGAUAUUGAAGCCGACAAACUGUCGGAUCCCAAUUAUCUUUUGGCACACAUCGGAGGUUUCUAUGCCAUGAUUGGGAUUUUUCAGCUGGUUUGCGUUGUGAUUGCGUCGGUCAUGACUGGACCUUUGAUUCGGGCCAUUGUGGAUCUUUACAUUGGGAAACAGCCCAAUCUAAAGCACUGCUUGAAGGUUGGAGUCAUGAGAGCUCCCACCAUCUUUUGUACUUCCUUUCUCAGCUUUUUUCUUGUCACGUUUGGCAUGAUUUUCUUAAUGUUCCCAGGACUCUACAUUGGAGUGCGCCUCUUCUUUGUCGGCCCAAUCAUUAUUGUCGAGGGACUGGGAAUAUUUGCAAGCAUGAAGAGGUCUUGGGACCUGAUAGCUGGUUCUUGGUGCUAUGUCUUUUGCACUGUAAUUUUCUGCCAGAUCUUUUUGGUGAUGCUCAAUGUGGUCUUUACUCAGAUCAUUCUUGGAAUUGACGCUACCGGAGCUCUCUUUUCAGUCUAUGGAACGCUUGCUUCGCUGGUACCAGGCAUUAUCGUCAAUCCUAUCUUUUCCAUCGUCAUGACGCUCAUGUAUUUGAACAUGCGCAUCGAAAAGGAAGGUUUGAAUCAAAAUGAGUUGAUUCGCAACAUGGGUGAAGCGGGCGCUCUGGAAAAUGCCUACACUCCACUAUUGGACGAGGAGGAUUUCGAGGAAAGUCCACUAGCAUUGAACCAGCAACUUGACCUCGAAGAUGUCUAA